AGAAGGAAAAUAGUGGAAUGCUGAGUCUAAGUAACUAUCUUUUAUUUAGUAUUCUGUUACUAAGUGAUUCCUUAUCAGGUAGAGUAUUUUUUCUUCAUAUUUUUUAAUUAAACGACGUUUUGUACCGUAUAUUUCAUUCUGUUUUACAUCUGUUUUCGUGUAUAUUGCUUUUUAAUUUUUUUUUGUUUCGUUUGUGUUGUUGCGGUGGUUGUCAAUUUUCUUAUUGAAACAAAUAUUCGUAUUUACAAAAGCAGAUAACUGAAACAAGUAUACAAAAGUUCCUUUUAUCAUGAAACCUGCUUUUAGUGUGUGGGGAUGGGGCGGAGUUGUGGUGGGACUCUCAUUAUAAUAUUUUUUUUUCCCUAAAGACCCAAGGGCUGACAUGAUGCAGUUUAAAGAAAAACGAUGUUUAACUAUGUGUGAAAACGAAACAUUUAUAACAACAGACACAUGUGAAUUUACUUGUGUGGUUUAUUUAGAGGGAUUUCCAGGGAACUCUUACGCAACAUUUUUGUUAAGAGAAAAAACAGACAGAUUUGCUAAAGAGGUAAGAAAUUAAGUUAUCUUAAGUGAAAUUAGCGCUGUGUUGACUUAUCAACACAUAUAUUAUAUUAUUUUAUUUCAUUCAUAUCAAAAGACUUGGGUGUGAGAUAUGUCAUUAUCAAAAAUGUGUAUUUCUUUAAAAAACUUUUUUAAAGUUUUCAUUCGCCUUACUAAUUAAGUAUUCUCUGAACAUGUUAUAUUUAGAUCCUUUUUACUUUAAACUAUAGAUAUACUAAUAUAAAUGAAUUCUUACGUCAUUUUUUUCAAUCAUUCAUUAACAAGAAUGAAUCGAUUUCCGCAAUUCGUUACCCACAAUUGUAUAUUUCAUAAAUAUAUGAAGAUAAGAUAUGAAUGUUAAAUACACCAAUGCUAUUUUUCAUUAACUUUGAUACACAAUUUAUGAUUUUUUCUAAUUUUAGAUAUUUAGUUUGGAACCCUAUAGCGAUUGCAAAAGAUUUAUGAACAAGACAGCCCAUGAAUGCACAGCCUUAAAUGACACUGUUUUUAGCCUUUCUGUGCGUCUCAAUGCAUCCAUAGAUUAUGACGAGGCUGAAAUCACAUGUAAAUUACAAAUUCCUGGAACAAACAUCAUCAGCAGAAAAUUUCAGCAUUUUCCAAAAGUGUUUGGUAACAAAAAAGCUAAUGAUUUUUUUAGGGUUCAAGUGAAAAAUCACUGAUGUCAUUUUUUCAAAAUUUGUUGGUUAUUUCCUCCGCUUUUACAUUGAAAUUAAUAGAAUAAAGUGGAACAUAGGCCUACCCGAGAAAGCAGCGUAGUCAAUAAAUAAACAUUUAGAUAUCUUGACAUUUUUAUAUUUUCAUGAAGAUUGCUAAACUUAAUUUUUAAUUUUUCUCAAAACUCUCAAAACCAGAAAUCUCUGGGGGUUUUUCCCUUGAAACUUUCGUGUGUAUUUAUUUCUGUCACGCAUACAUUUGUUUAAACCAUUUUUAAAAGAGUACAUUUAUUUUCUAUUUGGGAGUUUUAAAAAUUUUAUUAAAACACUUUAUUUUUAACUGUCAAAUUUAAAAAAAAAAAAUUUCAUGAAACUAAAAUAAACUGUUUCCAGAAUGCAAUUAUUGUAAGGGUUAUCUUAAAAGAUUUGAUACGUUGUAUGAUGUAUUUGAAAUGUGCAACAUUAUCUAUGGGUCGGCUGCUGUAAAACAAUAAGUCAUUGCUAAUCAUAAGGAUUUUAUGAAAAUACCAAUAAAUAUGCCUAUGUCAAUAAAUCAAGUAUUUUAAAUAGUUUUAAAUUAAUUUUUUUAAACAUAAAUUUGAAUAAUUUUUAUGUAUUUUUUAAAGAUUCUCGAAAUGCAACUUGGAUAUUGAAAGUAAAUGGGAACACCAUUCCAUCUGAGAAUUGCUCUACGUCUAUUUCCAGCAUGAAUUUAACUCUUGAGUUUUACUGUUUAAGCAUAGCAAGGCCAUGUUUAAUAAGUAUACUAGUAAAUGAAACAUCUCACACUGUUGAUGGUAAAGAUAAGGUUGUUUUCAAUACUCUUCUUAAAGAAGAUGUUGUAGUUUCUAUCAAGUUCGCUGCAUGCAAGUUAGAGAAAUGUUACAACUAUAUCAGCUGUAAAAUAAGACCAGGUUGGUGCCUAAUUUAAAAAAAGUUAACAUAUUUAAAAAAUUUUGAUUUAAUAAUCCGAGCUCACUACCUUUAACAAAUCAAAGCAAUCAGCUAGAAAGUUUUAAGUGAAUGAUUAUUAUUUAAAUUCAUUACAAAGUCAAUGAUAAGUUAUUAAAUGCAUUAUUUUUCUGACAUAAACUGUGUAAAAGAAACCACAUUAUAUUUAAACUUUUUAAAAUAUAAGGAAAUAAGUAUAGGGACUUUUUUUAAGGAGACUAUUAGAUUUCGAAUUCCAUUUGUUUCCCCCAAACUGCUUUAAUAAAUUGCAUGCUAUUUUAAAAAAAAUGCAAUCUGCAUUUUUGUAAGCCAUAAAAAAUGAGAACAAUGUAUCUUAUUUUUUUUUUGUAAGUGACACGAAUUAUUUGAAAUUUUCAUUGAGUAUUUAAAAAAAAAAAUAUAUUUUCAGAUACAAGUCUAAUUAAAACGUCAGAAUUGAUUCCAGCAAACAAAAAAAAUUUGAUUGUUAUACUUGUGCCGAGCUUGUGUUUUGCAACGCUAAUUUUAAUCACCACUGGUAUAAUUCUUUUCAUCAGGUAAAUUAAAAUCAUCAAUAUAUUUUAAGGAAAAAAAUAACACUUUUCUUACUUCUAUGUUAAAAAAAUGUCACCAUCCUGUCGUUUCUUUUUUUUUAGAAAAAACAAACAUAUCCUGUUCCACUAAGUAUUUAAUUGUCAAAUAUAUAUAUAUAUAUAUAUAUACAUAUAUAUAUACAUAUAUAUAUACAUGUAUAUAUAUAUUGUUACGCAUUGGCUUCCAUUGUGAGAAAUGUAUCUCCUUUUUUAAAUUUAUGGCUCGUUCAAACAGUGCCUAACAAAGGACCAUACCAUAGAGAGAUUAAAAUAACAAAAAUACGACACCCAAAACAUUACCAAUUACAAUUGAUAAGAUUUAAUUUAGUAAUAAUACUGUUACAAAACAAAAUAAAUAUAAAUACGAAUCAUCAACUUACAGAGUAUUGUAGAUCUUGUACCGGUACACAGAGAAUACAAUGUGCUAAUUAAUAAUGUACAAUGACGAAAGCGAAUAAAAAAAUAAUUACACAAAGAAUAAUACGUCUUCUGAAGUUAAAAUAUAUCUAUCUGAAUCUCCAUCCCUCUCUGUGCCUGUCAAUCCUUUAUAUAUAUGGCUCUACCGACUCGUCUAGAAUCAUCCUUACUUUUCUAAUACAUUCAUAAACCUUCGACACAUACUAGUAGUCCUACUAAACAUGUUUAAUUGGAAGCCGGUAGUAAACACGAUACUUGAAAGACUAAGCCACGCCCACAACAAACGCUAUGGUCUGCUAGGGAUCAAAUUUGGGGUGAAACAAGAUCCAAGCACGGGGAAAGUGUACUACAUAACAAUAUAUAUAUAUAUAUGGCAUCUUUCCGUCUGCGGGAUACGAUAGAAUAUCUGUAUUGCUUGCAGCUCUUGGUGUGGCUGGUUAGACCAAUCCUCGAAUGGCAGUCUCUGUUACAUUUUCCACAUACGAAUGCGGUGGAGCAGUAUUUAGUGGCAUUUCUCCUCACUCUUUUUGCAGUUGUUUCCGCCCUGUUUUGAUCCUCACAUGUAGUGAUCCUGCUUUCACGAUGCCCCGCCAUGAGGAUCGAUCCUCUGCCAGCUCCUCCCAGUUUGUGAUGUCGAUUUCGCCGACUUCAUGUCUCUUUUGCAUAUGUCUAAGUAUUUCAGACGAGGCCAACGACCUGACCUUUUCUCUGUCGCCAGCUUGCUGUAUAGCACGUCCUUUGGUAUGCGACAAGACUACAUUCGCUUGACGUGUCCAAGUCAGCAGAGGCGUCAUUGGAUUAACGUGGCUGGGACGCUACACAUGUUUGUUUGGGACAGGACAUCCUGUUGGGGACUUUGUCUUUCCAUUUAAUGUCAAUGAUGUGGCGCAGUUGGAAGCCAUUGAGCCUUCUUUCGUGUUUAGAGUAUGUGGUCCACGACUCGCAUCCAUACAGAAGUGUGCUCAGUACGCAGGCCUGGUACACCUGCAGCUUAGUUCUUGUUGUGAGUUUGUCGUUUGACUAGACGCUUUUCUUCAGUCUGGCCAUAACAGUUGCGGCCUUCCCUAUCUUCCCACUUAUCUCAUCAUCCAUUGAGAGGGUGCUCGAUAUGUUGGAUCCCAGAUAUGUGAAUCUGUCAACACUCUCCAAAUCGUAGUCGUCAAUGGCGAUUGUGGGGAGGGAGUCAGCGCCCUGUGCCAUAAUGUUAGUUUUCUUUAGGCUAAUUGUCAGGCCAAACGCUUUGCAGGCAGUGGAUAGGCUAGAUACCAGGCUCUACAGGCCGUCAGCUGUUUGAGAUACCAAAGCGGCAUCGUCCGCAAACAAGAACUCUUGCAGCAAGACAUUUCUUAAUUUAGUCUUAGCUCUAAGGCGGGCAAUGUUGGAUAAUUUUCAGUCAUCUCUAGUGUGGAUGUGUAUCCCCUCGCUGUUGUUCUGAAAGGCAUACUGGAGUAGAAUGGAGAAAAAUAUUGCAAAUAAAGUAGGAGCCAGCAUUCAACCUUUCUUUUACUCCACUACUAACUGGAAAAGCUUCUGAGGCGGCGCCGUAUAACACACUGUGCCUUGCAUGUUUUCGUGGAACUGCUUGAUGAUGUUAAGCAGUCGUGUAGGGCAGCCUAUUUUUCUGAGGAUCUGAAACAGGCCGCCCUGCUGACAAGAUCAAAAGCCUUAGUGUGGUCGACAAACGCAAUGUAUAAAGGCAUAUGUUGCUCCCUGAACUUCUCCUGCAGCUGGUGCAGAGAGAAGAUCAUGUCUAUGGUUGACCUACCGGCGCGAAAACCACAUUGACAUUCUGGGAGUACACGCGAUGCUAAGGUCUGUAGGCGUGUUAAUGCAACUGGGGCGAAAGCCAUUCCAACUAUACUGAGGAGGGAGUUUCCACGAUAGUUGUUGCAGUCACUAUUGUCUCCUUUAUUUUUGUACAAUGUAACUAUGUUUGUAUAUUUCAACUCUUGUGGCAGCUGUCCCUGUUCCCAGCACAGAGUAAGGAGAUCGUGCCAGGGCUGUAAUAGUACUCCUUUUACACAUUUGAGAGCUGCUGGUGGAUACCAUCAUUGCCCGGGGCUUUCCCACUGGUGAGACAAUCGAUGGCUCUACGUAGCUCUUCUAUUGUGGGUAGGGUAUUAAGCUCCUCCAUGACCGGCAAGUCUGGGAUAUCGUCAAGGGCGGCGGUUGAGACUUGUUUUAUUGUUGCGUAUAUUUCCAAGUAGUGUUCUAUCCACUGCUUAAGUUGUUGAUCUCGAUCAGUAAUAAUUUCCCCUGCUUUGGACAUUAAGGGCACAGUCUUGGAGAUCAGAGGGCCUGUUGCUUGCUUUAUAUUCUCGUACAUUGACUUUGCAUUGCCUCUAUCAGCAGCUGAUUGUAUGCUGGAGCUUAGAUUGAGUGAGUAUGUGUUAGCGUAGGGGCGAGCUGCCUGAUGGGCAUUUGUCUUGGAACUUUUAAGUGAUUGUAGAGUUGCUGGGCAAGGUCUGUCUUUAUAAGCUAAGAGGGACUUUCUUUUUGCAUCGGUGACAUGUUUCAUUUCCUGCCAAUGGGCCUCGAACCAACCUGCACUUUUGCGUUCUCUCUUUCCAAAUGUCGUGAUAGCCGAGUUAUAGAUAGUGUCCCGCAAAUGUGACCAUUUGGUCUCAAUAGUGUCCAUUGGUGGCGUUUGUACAAGAGCAUCUUGUAGACUAUGGGUGUAUACUUCUGUUCUCUCUGGGUUUUUGGUGGAGCAGAUGUUUAUGCGUGGUUUACUCUUUUUGUUUGGUGUGAUACAGUUUCUUUGGCUCUAGCCUUAUCUUGCUAGCUACUAAGGAAUGAUCAGUGUCGCAGUCUGCGCUGUGGUAGCUGCGUGUGAGGAGAACACUGGCCAGUUGUGUGCGUCUUGUGAUUAUGAGAUCUAACUGGUUCCAGUGUUUAGAGCGAGGAUGUCUCCAUGACACAUGGUGGAUAGCAUUACAGUUGAAGUAGGUGUUAGUUACACAUAGUCCAUGUAAACAGCACAGUUCCAAUAGUCUCUGCCCAUUUUCAUAUAUAUAUAUAUAUAUAUAUAUAUAUAUAUAUAUAUAUAUAUAUAUAUAUAUUUUUUUAUAUUUAUCUAUAUAUAUAUAUAUAUUUUUUAUAUAUUUUUUUUUUUAUCUAUAUAUAUAUAUAUAUAUAUAUAUAUAUAUAUAUAUAUAUAUAUAUAUAUGUCAUUAUCCAUUCCUAUCUAUUUAUCUAUAUACAUUAUCUACAUGUGUUAUUCUAUCUAUACAUAUAUGCAUCUAUUAAAAUAUAUAUAAAUCAUCUCUAUUUUUUUAGGAAAAAGAAGAAAGAAAAUAAAACAUUGCUGUCAGACGAAGCGAAACAAUUUGAGUAAGAUACUUUAUAAGUGUUUACAAAAAUAAAAUUAAAAAUCAUUCUUAAUACUACCCCUCCUUAAAACUAUUUUAAGUGAUAAAUAAUGUAAGUUACCUGGUAAUUUUUAAAUCCUAUAGAAAACGAUUAUUUUCAUGUGGCUUAAUACUACAAUUAGACUUCCCAAAUAUCUAGAACAUUUGGAGAUUUUAAAGAUUUCCCCACCCUCUUUCCACAAGUCUGUUCAAAAACAUAUAACUAGAAAGAUAUCUUUAUUAACUGUAAGGACUAUUAGCCGAACUUCUUUGGGUAACAUGCGUUUGAUAAAUAUUCAUCAAGUGUAACAAUUUGUAUAUUUAGUGAUUUUGCUAUUUAUCUGUAAUUUUCAUUUAUAGAUGGCACGUAUUAAAUGAAAACACAUUAUUUUCAGUCGGUUGCAUCGCUUUGUUUAGUGAUGCCUAAGACGGCAACUAUUUUUGCAGACCCAAUAAAACAACUCAGCAGUUGUUUGGAAAAAAGGCGCCCCCCCCCCAAAAAACCCCCCAAAAAAAAACAAAAAACAAACAAAACGCUAAAAUCAGGGACUCAGGGUCUUCUAUACAGCAUCCGGGGUAAUUUGCAAAGAAAUUCAAUUAAGGAUUCUUUUCAUCUCAAACUGAUUUAAGUAACACACAAAUUUUUGGCCAACCAUUUAUGAUCAGCGCUCCAAUUUAAAUUGGGUUUGGGGUUAAAACGCUCUUUAGGCCGGAGGGUGGGGGGGGGGUGGGGGUGAGUUUAGCUAUUAGCCAAGAAUAUGGGUAAAUUCAUCCUGCAAUAUCUUGCAUAAACGUAAAUUUCAUUCCUGUUUUGAUGUAUUCUGAUCUUAUACUUUUGAUACCAGACUCGUUUUAGCCUUCUGUCACUUUGUUUGGAUAUGGGAUUGCAAUUAAGGACGCUCAAUGCUCCUUAAUAAAUCCCCAGAUGUGGUUUGGGGAGUUGCUUUGAAAGUAUAUAGCGCAGACUAGUAUUUAUCUUUUCAAAAUUCUACACUUAAUAGGCAAGCAACGGUAGAAAUGACCACAUAAAUUAAGCGUCCUGGCAAAUCAAUAAGGAAGUUGUCAAAAUGAAAUUAAAAAGUAAAUGGCUAACAUUAGAUUAGGCCACUUUUCUCUUUUAAAAAAUGUCAUCCAGUUGAACAUAUUAAUGUCAUUCCGUUUAAGCAGCAGCUUGAUUAUAUAAAAUAUUAAAAAUAUUUAUUUAUGGGUAUUUAUAUAUUGAUCUUUCUUUUAAAAAUUGAAGUUGAUACUGUACUAAAAAUUAAAUUCAAUAUUAAUUUUCAUGUUUGAAAAUUAUUAAAACAAUUAGUUUAUUUAUUUAUUUAUUUUUUUUUAGUUUGACCUCUAAACUUUUAAAAGGCAAUGAAAAUGAAAACGGUAAGAUCAUUUAAAAGUAUUUUUGUUGUAUUUUAUUUUGUAAUUGUGUAUGCAUGGAUAUUUAGAAAUUAUCAUUUUUGAAAGUUUUAGUCUUUAUCACUCGGGCGGGCAAAGGCCGAACUCUGUAAGGUCGAUGUCCAGCACCACUUGCUCGGGUGGUGUUACACAUGAUUUUGCCUCUUCGUGGCGUGCCCGACUAGUAGGGGGGAGUCUUCCUUCUGAAGCUAAAAAAUCCCAGGAAAAACGCAUGACUUACUACGCAACGGAAGUUGAGCGCUAAUAUGAUUACUGUUGCCGUUGAUGGGUGUGAGACAAUGGGUGGCCGCCCAAACCCUUGUCAAUGAUUAAAAAGACGCGGCCCUGAGAAGGCCGCCCCUAGGCGACCUUUUCGUCCCCGCUACGUCCCGACCGGACAGCUCCCUGGGCGGUGGGUAGUGGUAACGCAAUACCACCUCUCUGGAGAGGAAGUAAAGCAAUCCUGUCCCAUAGGAUAGUGGACUAUGGACGCUUUAAACGCAGCGUCCCUCAGGCCAGGAGGGAAGUUCCCGGCGCGCUUCCGCACGGUCUAGGGCUUUGGCCCUGGCCCGUUUUGGGGAGUGCCGGGGUGGGGGUAUUAUGAGUGUGAACUCGACGACCCAUCGACACAAUCUCCAAAGUGAUAUUUCUUCACCAAUAUCCUAUCCAAAAAAAGGCUGGAAGAAAAUCUUUCUCAAGAUAUUCCUAGGUUUGUCUUCCUGUUGAUGUCAGAACCUCUGGAAUUAUUACAUUGAAAGAGCAAACAAAGGUUUUUGCAGUGUGUAAGACUUAUGCACGAAUAAAUUGAUGCCUGUUUUAUGUUGGAAUACAGUUUGAGUGUUAUUCAAUGUGAAAUCAGAAACAGACCAUGUGUGUAAUGAUCCAAAACACAUAUUUUUACUACUAAACAGAUGUAAAUUUAUUUUAAAAAAGAAGCAAAAAAAUUCAGAAAAUAUUUUGGCAGAUAAUUAGUUACGGCAAUUUUCACAGUACUCGUUGUAUCUAACCAUAAAAUAUAAUAACAUUUGACAGGUUGCUGCGAAGAUAACUAUGUUUGUUUAAUUUAAUCCUGUUUUUUAAACGUUAAAAGCAAAUAAACGAAACUCAUCUUAGCCCAAUUAAUCCCAUAAAUCAUUGUUAGCCUUACUCGAAUCGACUAUUGUACUAGCCCACACCCUUUUGCCCCUUAUUUUGAUUCUGCAUUUUUAGUCGUUCUAAUCCAUCUUAUCGACCUUACCCAUGUGUCUGUAAUAUUAUAUCAUCAAUUUCAGUUAGGAGACUUGAAUCUCUUACUUGUUACCCCAGCUUUACACAGCUUAUGUCGUUCCAAGUGGCACACGAUAUGUCUUUCUGGGAAUCAAAUCUGUAGUUGCAUGUGCCUCGUUUUAUUUUUUUUAAAGUUACUGUUAGUCACAAUAGGGCACUUUUCAAUCGAACAGUCCCUGUUACGUUGACACCAAUACCUAACCUUUCAUUCAUAUACCUGGUAACAAUAGAUGUUUGUGAACACUAAAUUGCCCAUUUUUUAAAUCCAAAUCGUACAUGCUUUCUACUUAUAAGCUGCUUGAGGUAAUGGUGUUCGACAUAUCGGACCAUCAACGUUCACACUUUCAUAAUAAAAUGAUAAAUUGCUGAAAGUUUUCUUUUAGUUUGUAGAUCAAAGGACGAAUCUUGAAGAGCUGAUACCUGUCAUUUUCUGGGACCCAUUUCAGGUCAUACUUGUCAAUGAGAUGGAGGUAGCUUUUUUUUCAGAUACCUCUAUCGGCUCAUACAUGUUUCUCACACAUUGAGCAUCAUAUUUUCGUCUUCACACAAGUAUAAUUGUUCUUGAAGAAAGAGGUGUUACCCAGCAAAAAGAAAGAAAAAAUGUCAAUACAUUUUCUGAUACAAACGUUUGAAAGGAAAACCUGAAAGACGAUUUACUCUGUGACGUAUGUUACAUUCUGCCUGACAAUAUCUGUGAUAAUCGCCUCAUCAAAUAGCAUAAAAAACUACAUGAGACGUUUCCCAAUUAAUAAAAAAAUUACAUCAUUACUUCUUUUUGCACAUCAUCAAAGAUUGGGUAGCUUUUCAAAUAAAUGUGUUAAGUCUUCUUCCACUUUGGAUUCCGAAUUAUUACUCUAAUUCCCGAAUGUAACAUCAUCAUCCCCACUUGUUAAAAUGCAGAUGUUCAUCAUCAUCAAUAAUGUUAUCAAGGUAUCUUCUUUGUCUAACACUUCGUCAACUCGAUCUGAAGAAAAUUCCACAAUAUCUAUAUGACUAUUGUCAUACUCUGUUUCAUCAGAAAUCAGAAAUGCAUCGUCAUUUAUUACAUUAUUAUUUUUUUUUUAAAGUAAGGAACCUGUUUCACGUCAUUUCCUGUUAAACACAUUUACGAAAUAGUUGCUAAAAUUUGUAUCAGAUUUUAGCCCCUAAUGGGAAUCGAGAUAUUUCGCUCCACAGUAGUCAUCAAAAUUAUAACAUGACUGAAAAAGUUCAAUAUAGUACUAAAAACUUACCUUUUUUCAAGAUAAACCACCAAUAAUGAAUGAAAUGGUGCCUUUUGGAUAACACUUUCUCUGCUUUCAAAACUGGCGUUCCACUCACGCGAUGAAAAUAGCUGCCCAGAAAUGAAGACUUACCUUGCAAGGGAAGCCAACCACGUCUACGCGCAAAAGUUAACAUCCGUUGCAAAGGUUCAACCUGAAUGAGUCAUGCAAACAUCGUGGUUUCCUAAGUAGAUAGCAGGUGGCUAAAAUAGAUUGUUAAAAGUUGCAUCAUCCCCAAAUGGGGAUUUUGGCACUUUAUGGGUUAAGAAGCCGAUGUUAAGAAGUCAAAGCUCUAUCUCCCACACUUUUUGAAUUUUUUUUUGGUCAAUGUUAAACGAUUUGCUUUCAUUGAGUCCAACCUCUAAGCUACCAAAAUACAUUCAAGGUGAGCUCUUACCUGCUAUCCACAUCACUUUUAUGACACUAUGGUCUUAAAUAAUGUCUCAUCCUUGAACUAAUUGUUUGAGUAAAUCCGACAUUAUAAAAAUGAACCGCAACAUUCUUAAAGUCACCUAUUCAAACCUGCAAUGAAUUUAAACUUACCAAUAGUCUGAAAAAGACAAAUGGUGCACAUGUAUCAUAACCCAUCUCACCAUCAUCUUGAAGAGGCUCUUCCUAACUUUAAAAAAGAAAUAAUUUCCUGGAUUGCAAGCAACAGCCUCUUAGAUCAAAGUGAAAAGAGUGUUUUGAAGAAUUCCGACCUAAAUAAUAUUAAUGAAAUAUAUAUCUCAAGAGCAUUCGUUUUUAGAAAAGUACAUAGUCGUAGAUAAUCGAAGUUGUUUCCAAAUGAUAAAAACAUAUUUCGGAACAAGUUAUUGUGGUGAUAGGGCAAAGCGUGACGAAUAUAGAUACUUGAAAGUUCUAAUAUGCACUGUUUUCCAUUUACAACAAAACAACACCUUCUUUGCUGCAGCCUCUUCAAUAGAAUAGAUUUAGAGCGAAUUUUAAAGAACUUACUGAUAUUGGUUGCAUUGCCCACACGAUGGAGACUUUCUAAUGGUGUGGAAGAAACAUAAUAUGUUAUAAAUGCUGCAUUUAUCAAAAUUAACCGAUGAGUGGGAUGGGACCCCUUCUUUUGUUGUUAAAAAUUAAUAAGUUUAUUGUUAGUAGGUUAUAUUUUAGAUCUUUGGGGACUGGCUAGUUUUUUUUGCCCAUUUUAAAAUGCAAGCCAAUUUACUUACGACUAAUUGGAAUAGAAAAAUAAGGAAUUAGACCCUUCGUCACAAUUUUCUGCAAGACGCAGUUAUAAAUACGCUGAUGGUAGUUAAUGGUAUUUAUGUCUUGGUGUUAUAGAGAUGACGAAAUGUUCAACACCAAAUACAGAGGUCAAACAUAUUGUCCAUUAAUCUGUAUUAGAAAUAGUUUUCUCUUUCGUAGAAUAUGCACUUUAAGUUGUUUUUUAUUUUGGACCUUUAUUUAGAACCAACUUUUGAAAACUAUUUAGAUAGAAAACCCAAUAGUUAAUUCAUGUUUUAAUUUUGUUCAAGUAACUUAGUUCAUAGAAAACUACACUUGUAGUCAAAUGGGUCAAAUUGGGGAUGUGUGGUGGUGUUGGUCUCGUCAUAUAUGUGUAUAUUCUUUCUUGUGAACAUAUGUUAAAAUCAUAGGAUGGUUUUUAAAAAUGAUUCACAAAUAAACAGACAAGCUCAUAAUCUAUUUACCUUUAUGAUAUUUUGAAAAAAAAAAUAUUUGAAAUUAACAAAAUGUCUCUUUGUAAUUAUAAUAAAAUAUGCAUUAUUAAAUUUAUAAAAUUUAAAUGUCUCUUCAAAAUUUAACCAUAAUUAUUUUACAUUCAUCUGCAGAUCAAAUAAUGUAUGAAACCGAAAAUGGAGCAAAUGAUUAUAAAAGCCUGCAUAACAAUUGUAAGAAGAGCCACGAAGAAUACUCAGAUUUGAAAAAAAAAAACAACUUUGUUAUUAAUACGAAACAAAAAUAUUUUGAGCUAGAUAAGCUAUAUGAUUUAAUAAAAUCCAUGGUUCCACUGACUGUCAAAAUAACCGUCAAAACUGACAAAACCAAUGACAAUGUUAUUAAAACUGGUACUGGUUGGGUAGAGCGUGUUAUAAGGCAUCACAAAAAGAACAACGUACCUUGUGUAUGCAAUAAAUGUGCAACAAAACAAAAACCUAGUAAAGAAUGGAGAGAGCUGUUUGUUUACACCUCCACACAUGUUGUCUCUAAUAAUGAUGAGGCAAUGAGAACUACUUGUAUAUUUUUUUAUGAUAAUGAAAAUAGUAACACAUUUGAAUUGUCUAGUUUCAAAAAAGAAAAACGCUUUGUCGAUUGCCAAACAUUUUUGAUGAAAUAUGUUACAUGUGAUAAAAAUGAAGUUGAAAAGCUGGACAAAGUAUAUGCAGAUUAUAAUCGCUGGAGAGAUAUACACAAAAAAAUAAGUGAAAGAAAUAGAGAUGAAAAGCAGAACCAAAAGAUAGUAUGUAUCGUAUCCCAUGUUCAUGGUGGGCCGAAAAAGAUUUCAGUGGGGCAUUGGGUAGAGAGAAUUUUAAAUGAAAAAAAUAAAAAAGACACAAUAGAUGAGGUUACCAGAUACACAUACACAGCUUCAACAUGUCCAGGAAGUGCUGGUGCUUAUGUUUGUAUUUUAGGCAAAGAUCAUCGGAUGUGGACUACACACCAUCUACAUUGUGGGGUAGACGCUGAGAAUAAAAAUUUUAGUACAUUUGCAAUUGACUGGGCUUAAAUUCAAGUAGACAUUUAAAAUUGCUCUACCGAUGUUCAGAACAAUACUUUUUUUAUAAUUAAACUAAAAAUAAUCAUAAC